AUGGCGAUAAAGAACCAGACUUUGGUUACAGAGUUCAUCCUGUUGGGCAUCCCCCACACAGAGGGAUGGGAAACUGUGCUCUUUGCUGUGUUCUUGAUCUUCUACCUCUGCACUCUACUAGGAAACCUGCUCAUCCUUGUCGCUGUGGUGUCUGAUUCUCACCUCCACACUCCUAUGUAUUUCUUUCUUGGUAACCUCUCUGUGCUGGACAUCAGUUUCUCUUCUGUGAGCACCCCAAAGAUGUUGGCUAACCUGCUGGUGAGGAACCAAGUCAUCUCCAUGGGUGGUUGCAUGUGUCAGGUCUUUUUCUACCACUUCCUAGGCAGCACUGAGUGCUUGCUCUACACGGUGAUGGCAUAUGACCGAUUUGCUGCCAUCUGUCACCCAUUGCGCUAUACCAUCAUCAUGAACCACCGGGUGUGUGCCCUGCUGGCUGCUGGCACCUGGUUUACCAGCUCUUUUCAUGCCACGAUUCUAACUACGCUGACUUUCCAACUGCCAUACUGUGGGUCUAACAAAGUAGACUAUUUCUUUUGUGACAUCUUUCCUGUAGUCAAACUGGCCUGUGGGAAUACCGUCAUCAUUGAGACAGUGAGCUUCACCAACAUUGGCCUUGUGCCCAUGACAUGUUUCCUGCUCAUCCUUGUUUCCUACGUCCGUAUUGUCCUUGCAGUCAUAAAGAUGCAGUCUGCAGAAGGGAGGCGCAAGGCAGCCUCUACCUGUGCCUCCCACCUCUCAGUGGUCACACUGUUCUUUGGGCCCUGUGCCCUCAUCUAUACCCAGCCCUCUUUGAGUGAGGUGCUAGUAACUCCAGUACAAAUCUUUGGCAAUGUUGUCACCCCCAUGCUGAACCCCACCAUCUACACUCUGAGAAACAAAGAUGUCAAGGGAGCCUUGAAGAACCUGGCCGGGGGACAGAUUUUCUCAGAAGGUUUCUAG